UUUAUAUGCAUUAGUCCCAAAAUAUUCAAAGAAUAUCUAUCGCUGAAAAAGAAAGGGCUUAAUAGACAACUUAAGAUUUUAAAAAGUUUAUUUUAAACUAUAUUUAGAUUACUCUAAACAAGAAUUACUUAGACGAAAGAAGAAAUUGAAAAAUUGGAAAAUAAAUUAGAAGUAUUUAGACCAGAAAAUGCAAAAUCUUUAAAUCAAAAAUAAUACUUUCAUGAUCGAAGAAAGUUCAUCUUUACUAAUAUAAAAUUGUAGAAUAUUUCAAAUACUUUAGAUUAUAAGCUCAUCUUGGUAAAUUAAUUUAAAAUCAAGCAUUAUUAGAAGAUGAAAAUAUUGAAGAAGUUUCAUUAGAAGCUAUUUUGGGUUCAAUAGAAGAUCUUAGCCAUUAAAAUCUAGAAAUAAUGAAAAAUUUCUAAACUCUCAAUUAAGUACCUGAUGAUUAACCCUUACCACAUGAUUUUAUUAUGAUGAGUGAAAGAAUUGCUAGAAAUUAUAAAAUUAUUCAAACUCAAGAAGAAAUAGAUGAUAAAUUUAAUUAACUAAACAAUUACUUUUAAAAUGAGUUAUAGAAAUAUUACAAAAAUCCUAUUUCGGCUCCAUAUCUAAAAUUUGUGCCUAAAAUAAUUUGA